CGCACGCACACUUGACAUUAUCAACGGCAGAGAUUCCAGCGGUCCAUCACCGCCCGCUCAAUUAAUUCCAUGUGCCAGGGCCCAGGCAGACCAUCCACAUCCCUUCACCCACCCACCACCAUACCCAUCCGUCACUCGACUCUCAAUCCGUCGCUCGUUGCAACCAAGACUCGGUCCUGUUCUUGACCCUGCGUACCGUCGCCAACCAACCCCACCUCCCGCCAGCGCAGCCGCAGCCUUCACAAUAUUAUCCACCGCCUUGGUGCAAGCGCCCUUGUGCCGCAGCCGCCACUGACCGCGACGGUAGCAAUCAUGGACGACUUUGGCAGCGAGUCCGAUAGCGACUAUACCAGUUAUUGGCGGGAUUGGUUCAUCGGCUCGAAAGGAAACGAGUACUACUGCGAGAUCGACGAGGAAUACCUCACCGACCGGUUCAACCUCACGGGCCUGAACACCGAGGUGUCGUAUUAUCAAUAUGCGCUGGACCUCAUCACGGACGUGUUCGACAUGGACUGCGACGAUGAGAUGCGCGAGACCAUAGAAAAGUCUGCACGUCAUCUCUACGGCCUUGUUCAUGCUCGCUACAUCGUCACCACGCGUGGUCUAACAAAGAUGCUCGACAAGUACAAGAAAGGCGAGUUCGGCAAGUGCCCGCGCGUCAACUGUGGCUCGCACCCGCUGCUCCCCAUGGGCCUGUGUGAUAUACCCAACGUCAAGCCCGUCAAGCUUUACUGCGCGCGGUGCGAGGAUAUUUACAACCCCAAAUCAACCCGCCACGCCGGCAUCGAUGGCGCCUACUUCGGCACCUCAUUCCACAAUAUCCUGUUCCAGGUCUACCCGACCUUCAUACCCACCAAGUCGGCUGAGCGCUACGUACCACGCGUCUUCGGCUUCAAGGUUCACGGCUCCGCCGCCCUGAUCCGCUGGCAGUCGGCCCGUCGCGACGGCAUGCGCCGCCGCCUGCGCAAGAUGGAGAUUGAGAGCGGCUUCAAGGACGGCGCCGACGAAGACGGGGUCGAGGAGGAUGAGGAGGAAGAGGAGGAGGAUGACGAUGAGGGCGGCCUCGGUUUCGACCCCCAGCUGCGCGAAGGCCCCGAGGGCGGCGCUCUCCAGGACGCGUCUGUUCCCGCUCCCUCCCAUCAAGGAGGCGACAGCAUGGUGCUCGGAGCUUAACAAAGGUUCCAACUUUUUGUUCCGACGCCACGAAGCAGAGAAGCAAGGGAUGAACACAGAGAUGUUGGGCAGAAGGUGCUAUGCGGUCUGCUCGGCAUUUCUCUCUUGUUUUUCACUGCUUCUUUUCGCCUUCAGCGACUAUGCCGGCCCCGACCCUCCUCGGGGCUCAUGCUACGAUUUUGAUACCCCUUUUUCUAGGCGGAAUUUGUUCAUGAAUACCACGACGCCUGUGGGAGGGAGGCCCGAGCCAAAUAAACUACGACUCGCCCGUCAUGACCACUCGGUCCUCCCAGAUAUUCCUCUCUAUCUCUCUCUCUUUCACUUCCAAGGGUGUCCAGUGCGGUACUGUGGCCGAGAUGAGAUGUCUAGAAAGAUGCGCGUUGUGGGAUUUGCUGUAUACUGUUGUACUCGCUUAAACGUGCUACGGCGUUGGUGGAGGGAUUCCAUGAAGCAUGCUGUUUUAAAUUGACCACGCCCACUGCACACACUGCAUCAGGGGCAUGUCCUGGGUGGGACGACUGUUUUCGGGACGACAUGCGAAACGACAAAAGAGGGGGCAAUCUCUUUGAUUCAUCUGGCCGAUACAACCGAAACACAUAUGGGAAACCACGUUGGGCAGCGCGCGGGACAUGUUGGUGAUGGGUUGCAUCGGGCACAGAUUUGUGCUGAGCGUUGAGCCCUCAUAAUGUACCUAUCUAGCUAUCGAUCCAAAAGUGAGAAAUCAAAAAAGAACAGAACCCCAAACAGAGUCAUGACUGGAAGAGAC